GCAUGAAGUGGUGUUUGUCUCCGAACACAUCUUGUUCUCUGACCAGCUAUAUUUCGACUGCAAAUGAAGUGAAAAAAUUGCAGGUAACUGCCUUGUAGUACUGGCUGUAUGUCUGGUCAAAAGCUUGCGGAGUCCAACAGGUUAUUUCAUUGUUUCAUUAGCAUUCGCGGAUUUGAUUGUUGGGAUGGUGGUAAUGCCCCUCAACGGGCUUUUUGAAAUGACCGGACAUGUUUGGUUGCUAGGCUCGACAAUGUGUGACGUCUUCCAUGCAAUGGAUAUUUUAGCAAGUACAAGUUCAAUCUGGAGCCUUUGUGUGAUUGCUGUUGACCGAUAUAUUGCUGGGAGGGACCCACUGCAGUAUCGUAACAAAAUAUCCAAACGACGAAUUUCAGUUGCUAUAUCGUUAAUUUGGCUUUUCAGUGCAAGUUAGUU